AGCCCACGGAGAACAGCGCGGCUAGAACCCACCCGCGGCCACAGCUCCCGCGCGGACAUGGCCGCGGGGCCCGGGGCGCGGGCGGCGAUGGCUCUGCGCGCCUGAUAGUGCGGAGCAUGUACGGCAAGGCGGGCAAGGGCUGCGCGCCCUCGGACGGCCAGGCGCGGGAGAAGCUUGCGCUGUAUGUGUAUGAGUACCUGCUGCACGUGGGGGCCCAGAAGUCAGCACAGACCUUCCUGUCUGAGAUACGCUGGGAAAAGAACAUCACAUUGGGCGAGCCUCCUGGUUUCCUGCACGCCUGGUGGUGUGUCUUCUGGGACCUUUACUGUGCAGCACCAGACCGCAGAGAGGCUUGUGAACACGCCACUGAGACCAAAGUCUUCCAGGACUAUAGUACCACAGCCCCUACCCCUGUGAUGGGAGCCAUGGCCCCUAAUGAUGCAAUGGGGGCAGGUCCUAUGGCAGCAGGCUUCUUUCAGCCCUUCAUGUCACCACGAUUCCCAGGGGGUGCCCGGCCCACCGUAAGGAUGCCGAGCCAGCCUCCUGUGGGCCUCCCUGGCUCCCAGCCCCUCAUCCCCAGUGCCAUGGAUCCCUCCCCACGCUCACUGGGGCACCCCAGCCUGGGAGGCCCGAUGCAGAGGGUGACACCUCCGAGGGGCAUGGCCAGUGUUGGGUCCCAGGGUUAUGGAGCUGCCAUGAGGCUCCCACCCAAUUCCCUUGCCACCAACCAGGUCCUGCCAUCCAUGAACAUGGGUCCGGGGGUGCGUGGCCCGUGGGCCAGUCCCAGCGGUAACUCGAUCCCCUUUGCUUCCUCAUCUCCUGGCAGCUACACGGGACCCGCAGGAGGCGGCGGCGCCCCGGGAACACCCAUCAUGCCCAGUCCUGGAGAUUCCACCAACUCCAGUGAGAACAUGUAUACCAUCAUGAACCCCAUCGGGCCGGGCGCCGGCAGGGCUAACUUCCCGCUUGGCCCCGGCACAGAGGGCCCAAUGGCCUCUAUGGGCGCCAUGGAGACGCACCACGUGAACGGAUCCCUGGGCUCGGGCGAUAUGGACAGGGUGCCGAAGAACUCCCCCGGCGCAGUGGGCGGCCUGAGCAACCCCCCGGGGACCCCGCGCGACGAUGGCGAGAUGGCGGCUGGCGGGACCUUCCUGCAUUCGUUCCCGAGUGAAAGCUACUCCCCUGGCAUGACCAUGAGCGUGUGACAGCCCUGUCUUGCACCCAGUGUUCGGGUCGCGCUCCUGCCACCAGGACUCCUGCCCAGCCCAGAUGGCCGGCAGGUCCCCCACGAAGGACUUCAUUUUUCUACACACACACACACACACACACACACACACACACACACAGAGGCACACAUGCAAGGACCUCAGACGGAGGAAUUCAUUGAACUUCAUUUUUCUACACACAUGCACACACACACAGAGACAGGCACAUAUGCAAGGACCUCAGAGAAGUGCGGACCUUUGAACCUGUGUGCUGUUGCAGGGCUUGCAGGGCAGGGUACUGCCAAUAAACACCAUUUGGUUGUCUUUUUGGUA